AUGGCAGCAUCAUCCUUUGUUCCUCUUCGGCGGCUACUUAAGCAGCCCUCAACUUGGGCCGCCCCAAACGCGCCAGUCUUACGAAACUCGGCCCGCUGUCAGCAGUUUUGGCUCCGAUGCUACCACCGAGGUGUUGAUGCAGGCCCGGCCUCGCAAUCGACAAAUUCUUCCCGAUUCCACAAAGCCCUCGGCUUUGGCGCUUUUGGACUGCUAUUUGCAUGCCUGGGAUUCGCUGCGGCGGCGAGUCCCCUUGUGCCUGGUCUACUCGACGCGACAAGGCUCCGCUCUGAUGAAGAUAGCCUGCGCGCCUACGUGCCCAGGACCGACGAGGCCGGAGCGGUAAAUGACUUUAUCAACAAUCACCCAAUUGCGGCAGAGAUGCGCCGGAAUCUCGACAUGACCGAAUCUCGCCCCCACAUGAGACUCCCCGAUGCCUUGCGGCGGCACAACCUCACGGGCGGCACGCUCCUUGGACCUGGCCGGAUCACAGUGCCCCCUGUAUGCUGGACUGAAAGGGGGGGCAAGUCUCUUGUGUCAAUCACCCACCUUGGCACAGACGUUUGUGGUCACCCGGGCAUUGUGCAUGGUGGAUUGCUUGCUACUAUGCUUGACGAGGGCCUGGCACGGUGCUGCUUCGGUGCUCUUCCCCACAAUGUGGGCGUCACAGCUAAGCUUGAGAUCAACUAUAGGAAACCAGUGCAUGCAGGCACGUAUGUCGUUUUGCGGGCGCGCACGACGAGGGUAGAGGGACGCAAAGCAUGGGUUGAGGGCCAGCUGGAAACGCUGGCAGCCGAUGGAGAACAACCUGUUGUCCUGGCGCAAGCCUCUGCGCUUUUUGUAUCUCCCAGAUUUGCAUCGGUUAUGGCGAAGCUAAAUGCGACUUCUUAA